CCCGGCACAGGUGGGGAAAAACCGUAGUAAUGGUUCUCGGGGAAAGUGGAUGCUGGAGGGCGCACACAGGAGGGGGUGGGGGUGCUGGGUUUGGGGAGGGCUCAAACUCGUGGCUGCUGGGUAGUCCAGGAGGGCCAGGCUGGGGUGUCCUGACGAGAACUGGAGAGGCUCUUCCCGGAUCCCUGCCUGAUCAGCAGGGAAACACCAGUCUCCCAGGCACCCACACCUAACCAGAGCGGGGAUUUCCACCGCCCCUCCUGCCGCCCUUUGGAGGAAAGUGAAAGUGAAAGGAGGAAGAGGAGGCUUCAUGGCUGAGGGGAUCGCAGCGCCAUGAAGUCCCUGUUUCUGGUCCUUGCAAUGGCUUUGGGCCUGGCGACCGCCGUCUCGGCAGGACCGGCGGUGAUCGAGUGUUGGCUCGUGGAGGAUGCGAGCGGAAAGGGCCUGGCCAAGAGACCUGCUGCACUGCUGUUGCGCCAGGGGACUGGGGGACCGCCACCCCGGCCGGACCUCGACCCUGAGCUCUACCUCAAUGUGCACGACCCCGCGGGCGCCCUCCAGGCUGCCUUCAGGCGGUACCCUAGGGGCGCCCCCGCGCCGCACUGCGAGAUGAGCCGCUUCGUCCCUCUCCCUGCCUCUGCGAACUGGGCCAGCGCCCUGACCCCGGAAAAGAACUGCCCGCGGGCCCUGGAUGGGGCUUGGCUGAUGGUCAGCAUGUCCAGCCCAGUCCUCAGCCUCUCCAGCCUUUUGCGACCACAACCAGAGCCUCAGCAGGAGCCUGUUCUCAUCACCAUGGCAACAGUGGUACUGACUGUCCUCACCCACACCCCUGCCCCUCGAGUAAGACUGGGACAAGAUGCUAUGCUGGACUUGAGCUUUGCCUACAUGCCCCCCACCUCUGAGGCUGCCUCAUCUCUGGCUCUGGGUCCCCCUCCCUUUGGGCUAGAGUGGCGACGCCAGCACCUGGGUAAAGGACAUCUGCUCCUGGCUGCAACUCCUGGGCUGGAUGGGCAGAUGCCAGCUGCCAAAGAAGGGGCAGUGGCAUUUGCUGCUUGGGAUGAUGACGAGCCAUGGGGCCCAUGGACCGGAAAUGGAACCUUCUGGCUGCCUAGAGUUCAACCCUUUCAGGAGGGCACCUAUCUGGCCACUGUACACCUGCCAUACCUGCAAGGACAGGUCACCCUGGAGCUUUCUGUGUACAAACCCCCGAAAGUGUCCCUGAUGCCAGCACCCCUUGCAUGGGCCGCCCCCGGGGAGUCACCCCCAGAGUUGGUCUGCCUUGUGUCACACUUCUACCCUUCUGGAGGCCUGGAGGUGGAGUGGGAACUCCGGGGUGGCCCAGGGGGCCACUCUCAGAAGGCCGAGGGGCAGAGGUGGCUGUCAGGCCUGCGCCACCAUUCUGAUGGCUCUGUCAGCCUCUCUGGGCACUUGCAACCGCCCCCAGUCACCACUGAGCAGCAUGGGACACGAUAUGCCUGUCGAAUCCACCAUUCCAGCCUGCCUGCCUCGGGGCGCAGUGCUGAGGUCACCCUGGAGGUAGCAGGUCUCUCAGGGCCCUCCCUUGAGGACAGCGUAGGCCUCUUCCUGUCUGCCUUUUUUCUGCUUGGGCUCAUCAAGGCACUGUGUUGGGCUGCUGUCUACCUGUCCACCGGCAAGGAUGCAAAGGAGAAGGUACAGUGCCCCACCUCUCUGUGUCUUUCCCUUGUCAUUUUAUCUCCUCAUCCUAACUCAAAACCCAUGAAGGGAGGCUGCUGGUGUGGUAGGCACAACCCAGGCUUGAAAUUCACACUGAUCUGGGUUAAAACCUGGCACUAUAUCCUAACUGUAGGACUCUUUGAGCAUGCUACUUAAUCUAUAUCUGUUUCCUUGGGUGUAGGGAUUUAAAAAAAAUUAUGUAGGCAGUGCUGUCCAUUAAAAAGAUAAUGCAAGCCACAUAUGUAAAUUUAAAUAAUCUGGUGGUCACAUUAAAAAAUAAGCAGAAACAGGUAAAA